AUGAGAACUGACUUGGCUGUGGUUCUGACAGCAUCUCUUCUUCUUCACACAUUCUGGAGGAAUAAUGCGGAGCAUGCCUCCAAAGGUCCCUGUCGGCCUGGCUUCUCACAAAGCUUCUACUCUGUGCUGGUUUCCAGGGAUGUACUGCAAGGCCAGGGCAUAGUUAAAGGUACCACAGUGACAACACAAAAAGUGAAGUUUGAUGACUGCGUGGGGAACGAUGGCGUGGUUUUCCAGAGUAGUGACCCUGCCUUCAGCGUGCGGACGGAUGGAUCCAUCUUUGCCCAGAAAGAGGUUGCCAGCCUGAUUGAACCGGUCCAGUUUAAAGUAGCAGCACGUGGCCAACAUGCAAAAGUCUGGGAGACCGUGAUUCAACUGGCAGUGAUUGACUUGCCAUCACCUGGGCGUAAUGAGAACGAGGUCACAGAAGAGGAGAAGAAGCAAAAGGAGACGGAGGCGUUUCAAGCGCCGCCUCCUGUCAUCAUGUUCUCAGGAUCCCGCUUCAACAGCACCAAGGGUCAUCGAAGGCAGAAGAGGGACUGGGUGAUCCCACCGAUCAAUGUGGCGGAAAAUUCCCGAGGCCCGUUCCCUCAGAUGCUUGUCAGCAUUCGUUCAGACCAGGACCAGGACAUCUCAAUCCGGUACAGCAUCACUGGGGUGGGCGCGGACCAACCACCCAAUGAGGUGUUCAGCAUCGACCCAGAGGUCGGGAAGAUGUUUGUCACCAAGCCUCUGGAUCGUGAGCAUCGAUCUUCUUAUCAUUCAGUGGCUGUGGGCCUGUUCAGCUUGUGUCUUGAGUGUGGGAAUGUCAUGGCCAUGAUCCUUUUCCUCACACUGCACUAUGCCUGGGAUCAAGCCCCACCACCUGCUGAGACAAUCCCACCUCCUGCACUGCGGGGGAGAGAUUUUACCUUGUAUUCAAAGUUGAACGACCCUGCUGACUGGUUGUCCAUCAACAGAACCAGUGGUCAGAUUGUGACCACAGCAAUGCUCGACCGAGAGUCCGUCUACAUUAAAAACAAUAUUUAUGAAGCAACAUUUCUGGCUACAGACAAUGGCUCUCCUGCAGCCAGCGGCACAGGCACGCUGCAGAUCUACUUGAUAGAUAUUAAUGACAACCCCCCAGCGCUCGUACCCAGGGAGUCUCAGAUUUGUGAAAGGAUGAACAAGAACGUCAACGGUGUCAACAUCACCGCUGCAGAUGCUGACAUAGAUCCCAACGCUGGACCUUUUGUCUUCGAGCUGCCCAACUUCCCCAGCAGCAUCCGACGCAACUGGACGAUUUCACGGAUCAGCGGUGAGGAGGUGUCACAAAAACAACCAUUAACCGAAAUAAAACGUUUUAAAUCGUGCUCUUUUGAGUUAGAUUAUAUCAUAUCCUUAAUGCCAGAUAGCCUCAAGGCCCUCAACCCUGAACAGGAGAAAGCGGAUAUUGAGAGUGAUAUGUGGAGUGGUCUGCGAGCUGCGGACAACGACCCCACAGCUCCUCCGUAUGACUCCCUGCUGGUUUUUGACUAUGAGGGCAGUGGCUCCACCGCCGGCUCUGUCAGCUCUCUCAACUCCACGAGCACGGGGGACCAGGACUAUGACUACCUCAAUGACUGGGGCCCACGCUUCAAGAAGCUGGCUGACAUGUACGGGGGAGGGGAUGAUGAUUAAACCCACCCUGUCACAUGCACACACACCUUUGUCCUGUCAGCUGGCCUGCCACGCUCUGACCCUGCAACACAUGGGGCUGUUACAAUCUUCUCGAACGCACGUUAUCAGUUCACUCUGACCAAACAACCAAUCUGAUAACCCACCAGUGCCAUGGGUCCGUUUCGACCGGCUUCUGCUCUAAGCCCAUCUAAGACUGUAAUGGAUGCACUUGUUUG